CACAGGAAUUAUAUAAGGUUCAAGAAGCGGCUUAAUUCACACUGUAUGUACUUUGUUUUCCUUAAAAUAUUAGGCCCCAGUACAGGAGUCAGUCUCGACCUGCCCUUGUUGAACGACUCCCUCUUAAAUGGGUCUACAGACCAUGAUGACACCUUGCCAUAUGAUGGAAUAAUUCCGGCUUCUCCGGACGGGUUCACCCUGGUGUUCGAUAAUGUAAAUCAAAAGACACAUGCCAGAUACUCCUCAAGAGAAAGGGGAAACGUCAUGUUCAACAUGGUGCAGGCCUAUGCUGCGGUGGAUAGAAUUCCCUGCAUGCGUCUAGCCGAUCAUCAGCCUGCACCGGAUGACAUAGAGCUAAUUCCAAUGGAUUCCUUCUUUCCGGAUGCAGAGGACUAUUCUAUGUUGCCGUAAGGGCAAGUGUGUUAUGGCAUAACAUUUUAUUACUUUUUGCCUUCUGAUCUAAUACGCAGUAAUUUUAGGUGAAGCAUUCAGCUGAAACGU